AUGGAGCACUGUAACGCUUCCUGCCUUUGCCUGGCUGCAUCUCUCCCUGGUGGUGCAGCUGCUGCAGCUGAAUAUAGGGCAUCAUUGCUGUCCUUUCCUCCCGAUCACAAACCCGUGCUGGCAGAGUUUGACAUCACCACAUACGCCCUCCCAGUGACCAUGGAUCCCUCAGAGGAUGCCGUGCAGCUGCUGCAGCUGAGCAAGGGGCACAGCGAUAAGGACGACAUGCGCUGGCACCUGCAUAUAUUGGAACUGAGGGGCCACAACCUGCUCCCAGCAGACGCCAACGGCUUGUCUGACCCCUACAUCCGUUUUGUAGGCCCCAACCUCUUCAAGUCUUUCCAGACCAAGAAGUGCUACAAGACACUCAACCCUGUGUGGGGUGCUGAUGAUGUACCCGCUAUAGUGUUGGAGCACCAGUCACUGCAUUACUACGAGAAGGACUAUCUACUAGCAGCUGUGUUCGAUUAUGAUAAGACAAACAAAGACGACCCUAUAGGAUACGCUGCAAUCCCAUUGGCUGAUCUUGUGAAGGCCACGUGGGAGCAGUCCUCUCAGCCAGUCAGCUUCCGGGUAGAGGUGACCUAUAAGGGCCUGCCAGCUGGCGAGCUGGAGGGCAGCUUCCGUCUUUUCUGGGCGGUGAACAAGCUCAGCGAGGGCAAGUGUGCGCAGAUGUAA